AUGGAUACAGAAGAACCAUAUGACAUUGUAACACUUAGAAAUAUAUACGGUAUAAACACUGAAGAAAGGAAGAAUGAGACACAGAACGAUGAAAAAUAUACCUCAGUUUCAAGACAGCAAUCAAAUGCUGAUAAGGAUCACCAGCAGAGAGGAUACUCAAGAUUCAUAAACAACGUUGAGGAAAAAAAUGAUAAAAAGCCAAACCAAGAACCUUUUGGAUUCAAGUCUGGACAAAGCUCUUUAAACGGGAAGCCUUUAAAGAAGCAGGAGCAGUGCAGUGAAAAUUCUGAAGCCCAAGCAGUGAUGAAUCAAGGCCAAUCAGAGAGAAACCAACAUCAAUUGGAAGGAUCUCAAGGCCAAUCAGAAGAAAAUCCACACUAUUCAGAGAGAUCUCGAGGCCACUCAAAGAGAUCUUGUGGCCAAGCAGAGAGAUCUCAUCAUCAAUCAGAAAGAUCUCGUAGCCAAGAAGAGAGAUCUCAUCGUCAGUCAGAAAGAUCUAGUGGCCAAGAAGAGAGAUCUCAUCGUCAGUCAGAAAGAUCUAGUGGCCAAGAAGAGAGAUCUCAUCGUCAAUCAGAAAGAUCUCGUGGCCAAGAAGAGAGAUCUCAUUGUCAAUCAGAAAGAUCUCUUGGCCAAGAAGAGAGAUCUCAUCGUCAGUCAGAAAGAUCUCGUGGCCAAGGAGAUCUCAUCGUCAGUCAGAAAGAUCUCGUGGCCAAGAAGAGAGAUCUCAUCGUCAGUCAGAAAGAUCUCGUGGCCAAGAAGAGAGAUCUCAUCGUCAGUCAGAAAGAUCUCGUGGCCAAGAAGAGAGAUCUCAUCGUCAGUCAGAAAGAUCUCGUGGCCAAGAAGAGAGAUCUCAUCAGAUCUCAUCGUCAAUCAGAAAGAUCUCGUGGCCAAGAAGAGAGAUCUCAUCGUCAAUCAGAAAGAUCUCGUGGCCAAGAAGAGAGAUCUCAUCGUCAAUCAGAAAGAUCUCUUGGCCAAGAAGAGAGAUCUCAUCGUCAAUCAGAAAGAUCUCGUGGCCAAGAAGAGAGAUCUCAUCGUCAAUCAGAAAGAGCUCUUGGCCAAGAAGAGAGAUCUCAUCGUCAAUCAGAAAGAUCUUGUGGCGAAGCAGAGAGAUCUCGUGGUAAAUCAGAAAGAUCUCAUGGCCAAUCAGAGGACCUCUUGGUCAAUCAAAGAGAUCUCAUAGCCAAGAAGAGAGAUCUCAUCGUCAAUCAGAAAGAUCUCAUGGCCAGUCAGAGAGAUCAUGUGGCCACUCUGAGAGAUUCCACAGUCACUCAGAGAGAUCUCAUGACCAAUCAGGGAGAUAUAAAAGAUACUCAUCAGGAACUAAGUGGGAACUUAACAGCACAAGUAUCACUGGAAAAUGAUUACAUCGCCUUUGAACAUUGUCGAAGACUUGAAAGAAAAGUUGACAGUGAGUACAGUGGUGGAAAGAGUAGCAGAGUUGUAAUUGGAGAUAUUAAGGAAAGACUGGAUAGUGGACGGGAGAGCGGUGUGGGCAACUAUAGUAGAGGAGAAUAUGUGAAUGGUGAGGAAUUUGAGAGCCCAUUUGAAGAAGAAGAGGGAGUGUGGACAUUGACAAUCCAUUGCUCACCUAAUCCCCAGGAUGCUGUAGUUUAG